AUGUCCGACGAUUACACACAGGAAGAGAUUUGGUCCUCGCCGGUCCAAGCCGACCGUCCGAGGACCCCCAGGACUCCCAAGACGCCCAAGACUCCAACCCAGGAACGUGAGCCUAUAGACCAUGAAGCUGCGCUGCGCAAGGAGCUCGAAGGUGUACGAAACAUCAACGAAUCCAUCGAGGGCGUUAUUGCGACCCUAGAGCGUGCCGGGGGCAACAUGGAUACCGUAUCCAAAACAGUAAACAAUGCAUCUGUCCUCCUCAACACCUGGACUCGGAUAUUAUCACAGACAGAGCAUAAUCAGCGUCUGAUCCUGGACCCUAGCUGGAAGGGUGCAACUGAAGACCUUGCCGAACAAGAGGCAGAGGCCAUCCAAAGGCAGCUGGCUGCCGAGAGAAGAGCUGCUGAAGAAGAGCAGAGACGUGAAGAGUUGCGUAGACGACGCGAGGAAGAAGAGAGGCAAAGGCUGGCCUCGGCCGCACCCGCACGCGGAACCAGGGGGGCCAGGGGUGGCCGAGGACGAGGCGGGCCAGCCACAAGGGGCUCAAGCUAUUCAAGCUCGAGCUAUUCCGGGAGUUCUAUCCCAGGUCGUGGGACAUCCAAUAUCGGCAGAGGAUUUGGCGCACGUCGGGCUCGAGGGACUAAAUGA